CAGAUAUAGGAUUUACAGAGAAAUUAGGGAGCGAUAGAUAAAUGUGAUCCCUUUAGAUAUUAAGCUGCCGACGAUUUGCGACGGAAUAGGAAGCGAGGAAAGGGUUUCCGCAAGAUUCUUCAGCGUCUGAUUGAUUUGCAAAAAUCCACAUUGAACAAUCACAACAACAAGCAUACGUAUCAUUACUGUUGCUAAUUUAGAUUCUUGUUUUUGUUUUUUUGGGGAGACAGAGAUAUAUAGAAAAGGAGAGAGUUCUUCAAUUUUUCUAUUUACAAGAUGAAGACGACGAAAGGAGGCAAAGUUAUGAACCCCACUGAUGCAUAUCGUAAGGAGCUCCGCAAGAAGGAACUAAAACGGAACAAAAAAGAAAGAAAGAAGGUGAGGGAGGUGGGUAUUUUGAAGAAGGAUCCUGAGGUGCUUAGGGAGCAAAUAGAGAAGUUGGAAUUGAUGAAGGCUGAUGGUGCUUUGGAUAAAGCAAGAAAACACAAGAAGAGACAACUUGAGGAUACACUUAACCUGGUUAUAAAAAAGAGAAAGGAGUAUGAAGAGAAGAUGAAGGAGAAGGGCGAAACCCCAGUCAUGUUCAGUCAUUUGGGGCCACCUCGGAGGAGAACAUCUGCAGAAGAAGAAGAGAGAGUCAAGCACCCUAAACCUGAAGACUCUGUCUAUUAUCACCCUACACUGAAUCCUACCGGGGCCCCACCACCGGGAAAGCCUCCUAUGUAUAAGUCAUCCAUAGGGCCCCGGAUUCCCUUAUCUGCUGCUUCAUCAUCCUCAAAUACAGAGUCAGAGGAUGCUGCCUUAGCAGUGCCUCCCCCGCCACCUCCCCCACCUCCUCCGUUGCCAGAAAGCACUAACUUGGCCUCUGAGGAUAACUCUAUUAUAGCUGCUUCCUUGCCCCUACCUCCUCCUCCUCCAUUGCCACCGAAGCCUCCUGCACCAGGCUUGGGUGUGUCACUGCCUCCACCUCCUCCGGGCCCCCCACCAAAAGACCAAGUUGCAAGUCACACCUUACUACCACCACCUCCACCCCUCCAACAGUCUGCUCAGCCACCUCCACCUGGCACCAACGAAAUUGAACAUGAGAGAAAUUCAUCUACUUUGUCAGAUGAACCAUCCUCCAAAGAAACAGUUCAGGUGCCUACUGUACUCCCUCCACCACCACCUCCUCCUGGUAUGCUGCUGAAGGCAGCCAGCAGUCAGUCUGAAGGUGCCUCAUCUGAAGUCAAUGGCAAUAAUCUGACAGCAACUAAGGAUAAUCUUAACAUGGUUCCCCCACCACCACCUCCACGGCAACCACCUCCUGUUCCUGGGCCAACCGUGAUACCUACAUUACAGUCUGAUGUAUUACCUCCAGGAAUAUCACAUUUGCCCCUACCCCCUCCUCCACCUCCACCAGGUAUGCGGGCACCAGUGGCUGCUCCUGGACUUGCAGGCCAAGUGGCUCCUCCAGGAGUAAUGGUUCCACUAAUUCCAAGACCACCAUAUGGUCUUCCCCCCGGACCUCCCCCAAUGAUGAGGCCACCUCUUCCACCUGGUCCUCCUCCUACCUUACAAGAAGAUGCUUCAGUGAGGCCAACUGUUCCUCAGAAGCCAUCUUAUGUCAAAUCUGCUGCACCCACUGUUGUUAAGAGGCCACUAGCACAGCACACUCCUGAACUUACAGCUAUGGUUCCUGCUUCAGUUCGAGUAAGGAGAGAGACUGCUCUCCCAAAAUCAAAACCCAAGCCAACAGUUUCUACUGCAGCAGCAGCAGCAGCUACCAGACCAGCAGCUUCUACCAUCAUGAAGCCAGAGUCCACUAACUUGCCAUCAGCUUCAAAGACUCAGAGUAUUGAUGACUCAUAUAUGGCCUUUUUGGAGGACAUGAAAGCACUUGGCGCGCUUGAUGCUUGAUCUCAGCAUUGCAGGCUAGAGGGAGAAAGAAAAAGGAACCCAAGGCAACGAAGUGUACAGGUUAAUGUGCUGGAACAGAUGCUUGAUCAGAAAAAUUUGUUGUUGCCGGUGGCCUUGGUUCCAUCUCGGUCAUUGGGUUUAGGAACUCAACAUUGUAUCGUUAAUCCAUUUUCCUGUUGAUAGAACCCCUCAAUACGUGAAGUGGGUGUGAAUGGGGCCAAUUUUUCCAAGUGGAGGGUGGAUAUAUCAACGGGAACAAGGGGGAUAACUGUACUUCAUUGAAAUUCAAUAUUUGGUUUACAUUCUCAAUUUUUUUUUAACGACUGCCAACUGAAUUUUAUAUGUAUUACUUGUCUGGUUUAUAACUUUCCAGGAUGUAAUUCCAUUAUAUGUUGACUGUACUGUUCAA